AUGUCGCUCGUCCUGCUCACCGGCAUCACCGGCUUCCUCGCCGCACACGUCCUCGACGCGCUCCUCGCGCACCCGGCCGGCUACCGCGUGCGCGGCACGCUGCGCUCGCUCAGCAAGAAGGACGCGCUGCUGGCACGCCUGGCGCCGGCAGACCGCGAGCGCGUCGAGCUCGUCGUCGUCGAGGACACGGCGAGCAGCGAUCUGACCGAGGCACUGCAGGGCGUCGAGUACGUGGCGCAUGUCGCCAGCCCGUACCAGCUGAACGUGCAAGACGCCGAGCGCGACCUGCUCAAGCCGGCCAUCGAGGGCACGCUCAACGUGCUGCGGCACGCGGCGCGCACGCCGUCGGUGCGGCGCAUUGCGUUGACCAGCUCCUUCGCCGCGGUGACGGACUUCUCCAAGGGCGGCCCCAACCGGCCCGGCUACACCUACACGCCCGAGGACUGGAACCCCAGCACGUACGAGGAUGCCGUCAAGGCCGGUGGCGAGGGCGCAUUUGCGUACAGCGCGAGCAAGAAGCUGGCGGAGAAGGCGGCCUUCGACUUCAUCGAGCAGGAGAAGCCACAGUUUGAGCUUGCGAGCUUCUGCCCGCCCAUGAUCUACGGCCAGACGCUGCAGCCGGGCGUGACGAAGUCGAACCUCAACACGAGCAGCAAGACGAUCUACGGGCUGCUCACGAACGCGGAGAAGGUGCCGGACAACCGGCUGCCGCUCUUCUGCCACGCACGCGAUGUGGCCGAUGCGCACGCCAACUACUUUGCCGUGCAGGACGUGCCGAAGACGCGGCGCUACCUCCUGUGCAGUCCCGAGCCCUACACGUGGGAGCUCGCCGUUGGCCUGCUGGCGCAGGACCCGGCGCUGGAGCCGCGCCUGCCCAAGAACUACAAGGACGUUGCGCACACCGACGCCGAGUCGCUCAAGGCCAAGUACGCGCGCCUCGACACGAGCCUGGCGCAGAAGGAGCUCGGCCUGCAGUUCUGCGGCUUCAAGCAGACGCUCGACGAGUCGGUGCAGAGCCUGCUUGAGCUUGAGAAGGGCGCGGACUGGUAA